AUGGGAUUGUGCCUGGACCCCCCCUCCUUGGAUGCCGCCAUCCAGCACGCCCUGGCGGGCCUCUAUCCCCCUUUUGAGGCCACAGCACCCACCAUCCUGGGUCAGGUGUUCCGUCUCCUGGAUUCUGACUUCCGGGGCGAUGGACUGAACUUCCUCCUGGAUUUCCUGAUCCCUGCCAAGCGCCUGUGUGAACAAGUGCGUGAAGCAGCCUGUACCCCCUACUCACACCACCUCUUCCUGCAUGAAGGCUGGCCGCUGUGCCUGCGGGAUGAGGUUGUGGUCCACCUGGCAUCCCUCAAUCCCCUCUUAUUGCGCCAAGGUGACUUCUACCUUCAAGUUGAGCCCCGGGAGGAGCAGUCCGUCUGCAUCAUGAUCAAGUGCCUCUCUGUGGACCUCCACACAGUGGACACGAAGCCUGUUCCUGAGUCAUCCUACCCUAUACUUUUCACCCAAGCCUGGCUGGAGGCCAUCAACAGUGACCUUGAGGGCAGUCCCUUACACAACUGCCUGGUAGCUUCAGAAGAUGGGAUUGCCUCUGUGCCCUGGACCAAAAUAACCAGCCCAGAGUUUGUGGAUGACAGACCCCAAGCAGUAAAUGUCCUCUCCCCAGCCUGGAGAUCCCUUCAAUUAGAAGCACUGGAUUUGAACAGCCCCCAAGAGCUGCACCAGGCUAGGUCCCCAGGCAGCCCAGUGCUGCUUGCCCAGAGUUUGGCCAAGGGCAAGGGCAGGACACAUGGGGACAAGUAUCCAGGACUCAUCAAAGUGGAGCAAGCCGGGCCUGGGGAGGUGGGCUUCGGGGUGGACGAAGUGGCCAGCCAGGACUUGGAGGGAGAUUAUGUGGCUCUCCUGGACUUUUCCCAAGAGAACCGACGAGGGUCUCCCAGUAAGGAGGUGGAGACAUCCAGUGGGUUUCCUUUUGGCGCACAGGAGGAGCUAUCUGGAACUAAGGAAAUCCCUUUCUCUCAAAGGAUACUGCCUCUCUCAGGGACCAAUGGGGGGCCUUCCUUGGAAAAAUGGACUUGUGAGAAGCCAGCAAGUUCGGGGGAAAAACCCUGUGUUUGCGACUUGAGGAGAAAGGUUAAUCAUAAAGUUCCCACCCAAGACUCAGAACACCAGCCCCAAGAGCCCUACCUCAGCGUCCUUGUAAACCCACUGCAUUGUGCCUCUGGUCUUGGGCCAGGUGUCUCAGAAGAGCCAGCUCCCUCCAAGACACAGGGACUUCUGGGAGACUCCGAGAAUAUAGUCCAGUUCAAUCCGGGACCAAAACAAGCAUCCUCGGCCCGGCUGCGCCCAGCUUCCCCUCCUGCUUCUCCAGCCCCUGCAACCAAGAUGGAAGAGAGGACCCAACAGGAAAAUGGGAGACUUCCCAAGCCUGUGGCCAGGCCCUGUCAAAACACUUCCCCCACUCCUGGGCUCAAAUUCUCUUUCUUAAAGUGGCAGAGGCAAGGCCCUGUGACUCAGGAGAAAGCCUCGUUCCAGCAUGACGGGCCCUGGAAAGUCUUGUGUUCACUCUACUCUCCCAAACCCAACCGAGACAAGUGCUUGGGGAAAGCUGGAACAACUCAGACCAAAACAUCUGGCCCAGACGCUGACUCAGACCCACUGACCGAGGAAAAGGCUGGCUUCCCAGAAGCUUCUGAUAGCCCUCCAGAAAAAGGCCCCGCUCUGAAUGAGGAGCCCCCAGGGCCCGAGCCCAGGUUUGGGGCUCUGAGCAUGGAGAUCUUCCAUUCCAGGAUAGCAUGCCUGCCAGGAGGUCGAGACAGGGCAGGGCGGCCCCUGCUUCUGGUGUCAACCACCAAGGGGCCCUGGGAGGCACCAUGGUGCACGGCCUCAGAGGUCACCAAGCUGUUCUCCUACCUGUGCACCAUCCCCAGGCCUGAAGAUAAAACCAAGGGGCUGGCGGUCGUGAUUGAUGCCAGGAAACAGCCCCCACAUCCUGGUCUGGUCAGUGCCUUGCAGGCCACCCAGACUCUGGUCCCAACCUCCAUCCGUGCUGUGCUCUUCCUGGGGGAGCAGGAGGCCGCUCUCCAGCUGGAGGCAUCUGACAUCCAGGUAGAGGUGCUGACCUCCCUGAAGGCCCUCAGCCGCCACGUGGACCCCAGCCAGCUGCCCAUGGCCCUGGAAGGCCCCUUCCCCUACUGCCACGGUGAAUGGGUGCAAUUCUUCCAGAAGCUGGACCCUUUCCUUGCUGACCUCCGCCAGGCCUCCUCGCUGCUAAAGGCUUCCAUCAGGGAGUUUGAGAAGGGUGACCCCCCUGGAGGGGUGCAGGAGGCCUCCAGGUGUCUGAGCAAGUCCAAGGAGCUGAUGGAGGCUGUGCUGAGGGACCCAGGCCUGUUGGGCCUCCAGCGGGAAGGCGGAGCCACCCUGGCCAGGCUGCGACAGGAAGGCAGCAGGCUGAACUUCAACCCAGACAUCAGGAGCCAUCUGGCCGAAGCUGCUGCCCUGUACAGCCUCGUGGAUGAACAGCUGCAUGUCCUCGUCACUGUGUCCAACCACCUCCUGAGGAGGCUGGAGCUCCGCGUCCGCCUGGGCCGCCUGGAAGCUGCCAUCCACCAGGUCAGCAACUGGAUGGAGCAGGAAGGAAGCCAGUGCCUGCAAGUGCUGACCCCCAAGGACGGAAGCUUGGAGACAGUGGAGAAAGCCCACGCAGAGUUUGAGGACUUCUUCCUUCAGGCUGCGGCCCAGUACCGCCGUGGCCUGGAGCUGUGCAAGCAGGCGGCCCAGCUGGGAGCUGCAGCCAGGGCCAGGGAGGCGGGAGGAACAGAGCUCCCGGAGCUGGCAGGCUUCACCUUCACCCAGCGGGCCUUCCAGGCUAAGCUGACCCACUUCUACAUGGCAGCCGAGCGGCAACGCACAGACCUGGAGACGCUGCUCCACCUCCACCACUUCUGCAAGAAGAUGACCUGGUUCCACAUGGACUGCCAGGACCUGAUGGCCCAGCUCAGGCUGGGCAAGGCCCAAAGGGCCAGCCCUGGGGACCAGCGCCGCCUCCACCGCUACCUGCAGCGCCUGGCGUCCGAGUUCCCUGCCGAGAAGCUCACGGCCAUGCGGCUGCAGGUGGCCUCUCUGAGCUGGGAGGGCCUGGGCCAGGACCUGUGGGAGGAGGCCCGGGAGAGGCACGAGGAGAUCCAGACCCUCCUGAAGAAGGCACUGGCCCACUGUCCAUGCCUGGCAGGUCCCCCUUCCCACCCGGCGGGCCGGGAACUCAGAGGGGCGGCCGCCAAGGGCCAGGACCUGAAUGGAGAAAUCACUUACAAGGGAAGAUGGGACCUGCCCCUCCAGGACUCACUGGGUCUGGAUCGUUCGCCAAAAUCCUGUUGGCCUCCUUGGGCCCCCAGACGUGUACAGAACAGAAGUUUCCAAGCAGCCCCUCCACCCCAGGAAGCUGGCCAGGCUUUUGAAGCUGAUGACGGCAGAAGCCCGCAUGGGCCCCUGGAUCCUGCCCCUGAGCGUUAUCUCACCACCUUCCUUUCCUGGCAGCGGCUCCCCAGGCAGAGUCAGAUCCCCCGGCCCACUGGGAGCAGCUUCUCCUCGGAGGGGACAGACUCACAGACGUCUCUGGAGGACUCACCCCACACAAGUCCCCCUGCAUCCCUCUAGCUGGGAGUUCCCGUCAAUCACACUGGGCUCCGGCAGGGAUGGGUAUGGUUCGGGUGGGGCCCAGCUAAAGACAGAGCUGGGGAGCCCUGGACCAUCCGUCAGGACGUGGCUACUGAGUUUGGCCCGUGCUCGGUAGACAAGAACUCGCACCUGCUCCCGGCCCCAGGAAGCUCUGGGAAGACGCGACUCUCACACAUUCAGAAUAGUGAGAGUGGAGGGCAGGACAGGACGCGGAAGAGCGUGAAAUUGGCUCCAAAACCCUGGAGUCUCAUCGUGGAAAGAGCUGUUGGUACAGAUCCUUCCAGAGACCUCCGACUUAGGCAGAACCCCACCUGGGGUUCAGGGGUAUGUAAGCUUCCCCUUGGGGCACAAGGGGCAAAGCUGCCCUCAUAAUAGAACCCAGGGUGGGGAGAUUAGGGGAGUGGCUUCUUGUCUUAGGGUCCCGCGAAACAGACCACACAAGGAUUCAAGUGCGCAUUUACUUGGCGGAGGAGCAGGGGAGCGAGUCUGGGAAGGGAAUAAAGGGGGUGCUGUCAAGUGAAUUACCACAUGUAAUUUAUCCACUGACGCCACUGGCCUCGGGCAAAGAGAAUCACCUGCUGGAGGCCAGUUAGUGCGCAAGGAAGGGGUAAGGGAGGGGGACUGUCUGCUGCACCUCUACUCUGUCACUUGGCUUCUCCAACAGACAUGAGCAUCAGUCUCAAGUUCAAGGAACCCCAAAGAGGACCACCUCCCUCUCCCAUGAUCUCUGCCUUCUUCCCCUCCCCACCACAGCUCCUCAGACCCACCCCGAAGCCCGACCUCUCUCUAGGCACAGCCUCUGGUGCCUGGCGUCAUCAGAUUCUGCUAUGGUUGGGGCUGGAGGGUAGGGAGCCUUGUCCCCAUCCAGCAGGUGGUGCGGGAGGACAGUGGGAAGAGGCUUGAGAUGCUCUGAUUUCAGAUAGAGCAUCUAGAAGACAGCCCAGAGUGACCAUGGCUAGCGCCUCCCCUGAAUGUCAUUAUCCUGAGAAUGUGUGCCCAUCUCUGCCCUAGGAUGCAUCACCAAGAUGGCCUCUGGUAGCCCAGCUCUGGAAUUUUCCUGGCUCCAGGAAGAGGGUAGGGUGUACAUCCUCCCACAAGAUGAGGCUGUGGAAGGAGAGGGAGGCAGGAUCGGAGCGGGCCUGGGAGGACAAACAGGGUUUCUCAAGGGUAAUCUCGGGCUUCCCUGGUG